AUGGCGGCCGCGGCGCUGUUCCGGGGCGCGGCACCGGGGUGUGGCGGCCCUGCCUGGCGCUGGCGGCUGCGUGCCGUCUCAAGGCACCGCCUGGCGCACGGCUCUGGCGGUCACGGCAGCCACCCCGCUGACGGCGCGGCGUGGGCCUGCUUCCCGCUGGGCGAGCGCGCCCUGUUGCGCGUGCGCGGGCCGGACUCCGCCGCUUUCCUCCUGGGGCUGCUGACCAAUGACCUGCCGCUUCCGGGUCCUGCGGACGGUGCGGCCUCGCACCCCUCGCGUGCAGGGUACGCCCACUUUCUCAACGUCCAGGGACGCACGCUGUAUGACGUCAUUCUCUACGGGCUCCCAGAGCAGGCUGACCAAGCUCCCACCUUCCUCUUGGAGUGUGACAGCUCGGCGCUGGGUGCACUGCAGAAGCACCUGGUGCUACACAAGAUUCGGCGGAGGGUCACGGUGGAGCCACACCCUGAGUUGCGUGUUUGGGCUGUUCUUCCGGGCACUCCUGAGGAGACGGGUGGGGCCCCGCCGCUACCCAAGCACCAGGGCACCACCAUCCUCACCCGUGACCCCCGCACUGCUCGCAUGGGCUGGCGGCUCCUCACCCAGGACGAGAGCCCUGCCCUGGUGCCCAGGGGCCGGCUCGGGGACGUCUGGGAUUAUCACCGGCACCGGUACCAGCAAGGUGUUCCUGAGGGGGUCCAUGACCUGCCCCCAGGAGUUGCACUACCCCUGGAGUCCAACCUGGCCUUCAUGAACGGUGUCAGCUUCACCAAAGGCUGCUAUGUUGGCCAGGAGCUGACAGCGCGCACCCACCACAUGGGUGUCAUCCGCAAGCGCCUCUUCCCAGUGCAGCUCUUGGGCCCCCUCCCUGCAAGUGGCAUCACCCCUGGUACCACAGUGCUCACGGAGUCUGGACAGGCUGCCGGCAAGUACAGGGCAGGCCAGGGGGAUGUGGGGCUGGCCCUGUUGCACUCGGAGAAAAUCAAAGGCCCUCUUCACAUCACCACAGGGAGUGGCCGGGUGGCCCUGACUGCAUCUGUGCCAGACUGGUGGCCCACAGCCACCAAGUAGCCCAGACAUCCCUGCGCUCCCACAGAGUGCCUUUGUCCUUCUGCACACCUGCAGGCUGGCGCCGUGAAAGGCAUACAACCUUCGGAAGGUCCCAGAGUAUACAUGGGGCUCCUGGGGCUGCAGGUAUGGUAGACACGCUGCUGUUCCAGGCCUUUCUUAUGCCACCAUUCUUCCAACAUAGACACUGGCCUCUCCUUGUGGCUCUGUGCUGGCGGCACCAGGAGCAAGCCCUGUGCCUGCCUCUGCUGAGCUGAGCCCCAUCUUUCAGCACACCUCAUUCGAAGUUCCAAACCAUGUUGGUCUGGAGGCCAUUUGCCCAUCAGCCAAGGAUAGGAGCGAGAAGCUAUGCUUGUGGGCCUUCCCCUGCUGCCCACACCACUCAGCCUGCUCCAGGCCAGGCCUGGCACCGAGACAGUGCAGCCUCUGUGGAUGGCAAGGGGCAGGUCGCUCUCGGCAUGUCUCAGGGCAGGAAUCCUGUGGUGCGUGUGGUGGUUGUGUCCUCGUUUGGAGGCAUGUACUGCCCACAGGCACCACAAAAGGUUCUCUGAGUGCACCGCUGCGCUCAGCGCUGGCCAUGGGACCCCUGGUACCAUUUCUCAGCGGGUACUGCAGCUCCACAGCAUUGGUCCCUUGGUGGCCUGGGCAGCCCCCUCCUCCUUCUAGAGCCUGUGUGCAGAGAGGAACUUCUGCUUGGUUUACUACCCCUAUUUUCUGAUGUGGCCAUGCCUUCAUGGUAGGAGGACCACUUGUUUCCCCCUUUAACCCACUGAUGUCCAUCCUCCCACUGCAGUGUGAUUGUCAUUAUGGGUGACCCACUGAUGCCUCAGAGUGAAUAUUAAAGUUUCACCCACAAAUGG